UGAUUGUUUGAACUACGCCUGUGUUGUGAGGACCCUGGUUAGGCGAAGAUGUUGCGGCUAAUUCUGGUCUCGUGUGUGGUGGGGGCAGCCCUGGCUACCCCUGCAGUGGUCAGGUCCAAGGAGGAGAUCGAAGCCUUCAGGCACUUCUUGGAAAGCACUCAGAAUGAGGAGGGCCACCGCUUCCUCAAGUCAUCUCCGAUGGCGAACGCCGAAGAGAACAGCGGCAAGUACCAGGGAGACAUUCUGCUCGACGACUUCAUCAUCAAGGAUAUGCUGAUGCAGUACGCCAUGGGAAGAAACGCGUACACCUGGCCGAACACCAAGUGGCCGAAGAACGAGGUCAUUUGGGAGUUCGGAGAGGGCGAGUUUGGACCCCUGCAGCAGGAAGCUAUUCUCGAAGGCAUCAGGGACAUCGAAAGGCACACUUGCGUCAAGUUCCGCUACCGUGAGCCUGAAGACACCGUUUUCGUGAGAGUUACCGGUGGAGCUGGUGGCUGCUUCGCCCACGUCGGCUACUGGGAGGAGCGAGGCGUCCACACCCUCAACCUGGCUCGCAACUUCCCCGGAGUGGCCUGCUUCCGCCACGCCACCAUCGUCCACGAGUGGAUGCAUAUCCUGGGCUUCCUUCACAUGCAGUCCACUUACGACAGGGACAACUACGUCAAGAUUGUCGAGGAGAACCUCAUUGCUGGAACUGAGCACAACUUCGACAUUUACACGUCGGACUUGGUCGACAAUCUGGGUGUGGAGUACGACUACGUGAGCUGCCUGCACUACGGGCCUUACGCGUUCAGCAACAACGGAGAGAAGACCAUCGUCGCUUUGCAGGAACAUGAAGGCGUGAUGGGCCAGCGCGAGUACAUCACAGAUAAGGACUGGCUGCGCAUCAACAGGCACUACGAGUGUCCCCAUGCCUGGGACUGAGAACUUUCCACAAUUAACUAGUUAUUUUUGUACCGACUGACAAUUAAAACAAUUAUUUGAUACAA